UCCAGAUAUAAAAAUUUCUUCCUUUCUGUUAUACUUCUCGUGACAAAAUAGCAUAAAAGUUUUAUCGGCAAUAAAUAUGUUGAUAAAACUUUGUUGCAAUGUCGAAAAAAGUUAUAGUCACUUUAAAUUUUAGAAUAUAUGGAAUUUAAGUCGUAAAAUCAAUUUUUCUUGAUUUUCUUUUUGGAAUAUACAAAAUAUUUAGAAUACAUUUUUUUAAUUAUAUAUGUAAUAAUCCGUCCUGCCCUAUCUUUUUGAUAAAGAUACCCCCUUUUCUGCUCGCUCCCCCCUCCCUGCCCUAUUAAAAACGACAUUAAGGGAGAUAAUCAUUUUAUGAAAUAACUAUGAUGAUUGAUUUCAUUAUAGUAGCGCUUUGAAACAAAGUGAUGAGCAGAUAGCAAUCAGCGAUUUCUGAUGGCAAUAUAUCGUGCGCGCUAUUUCUUUUACUAUAUAAAUUACAAUUAAUUAGCACAUAUAUUUGUCAGCAAGUGCGAGUUUAAACAUGUUUUUAAGUGUUUCUACUGCGAUUAUUAAGAUAAGCUGUGUAUAAUUAAAUAAAUGAUAUUUAGUGUUACGACAAUUAAUACUAUCGAGUAUGUAACAAUAUGUACAUUACUUAUGGUAAGUGCGGGAACGCUUGUAAUAUUAAGAAAUUACACUAUUAACAGUAAAAGUUAUAAAGUCAUAAGUUAAUUUUUUAAGCGACAUACGAGAAGGAGAGUCAAUUUCCAAUUAAAUUCCUAUGAUACCUCAUUACAUCAUUAUCCGAACAAAAGACAUUAGCCAAACAAAAAAAUGUAUAUCGACGAAAUUAACGCGCGACGUUAUAUAAAGUGAUCUACACAAGCAAACCAAUGCUAGAUUUAUGUAUGUAUUUACAUGUAUAAAGAAAACGUCGUUUAUAUUAUAUAUAUACAUAAGCUGGUAACAAAAAAAUAAAGAAAAAACAACUGAAUAUAUUAUCCUUUGGAAUAAGAAGACUAUCGAAAUUUUCAUAGUGUCCAGUUGGCUAUGGAAUACAUUUGUUUAACAAAAAGUUCGCCAAGAGAAGAUAUAUAUAUAUAGAUCAAUUUUUUUUUUUAUGAAUAUUACUAUGGCGACCAACAUUGUCUCGAUUCACGAACUUGUGCAAAUUCUCGAAAAAAAUGUGAAUCUUCUAAAAACGGAAAGUUACAAUUCGGACAUUGAUCUUAGAUUUCGCGACAAGCUCGAAUGGUUCGGUAAACUAUCGUGUAAUGUGACUGAUAAACUCCACUCGUUAUUAUAUUUAUCCGAGAAUUACACUGCAAGUAAUGAUCUUAAAAAAUUUAUAAAUGGGAUUACCGGUUUAUGGAUUUCCGCUAAUAAACAGAUCUGUGAAAAAUGUUCCAAAAUUCGAAUGGCUAGUCGCACCCUAUCGGGAAUACCGUUGUCGUUGCUCCUUGAAAGGAUAAAGAAAGAGAAAUCCUUAACAAGAGAAUCAUUGCACAUUUACGAAAAUGGAUACGAUCGUGAGCAUCUCGCAAAAUGUUACGCCUUGCUAAAUGAAACUGAAGAUUUGUUAAGCAAUCUAGAAAGAUGCGACGAUAAGUUACAAAAUUAUUUAGCUAUAUCAAAGUUGAUUCCAUUCCUUGUCAAGUUAGAAUCCACUAUAGACGCGUACAUUUCUACCGUCGAAAUAUCGCCCAUCGACAAAUCCGAAUGUUCGAAAUUGGAUGUUUUUGCAAUUGUCACGAAACUCCUUACCGGUGAAUUAUUAGACAAUGAACCUAUGGAUCCGUAUCACGUAUUAAUGGAUAAUGCGCCUAGGAAACCAGUUUUCAUUAUUAAAACCAAACGCAAGUCAGACAUUCCGAUAUCGAUCGUAGAAACUACAUAACUCAGAGUAUAUAAUAGCAUUAUAGCACAAAAGAUUAAAUACGAUACGAUAUAAAUGCAACCGUAAUA